AUGUCGGUGACGUUGACCAACACAAACUACAUGAAGAACCCGAUGAAUUUACAAAUGAAGAGGGAAUUUGAAGAGUAUACUGAAGGAAAUGAGGAGAAAAUCGAUCAGAACGACAGCAAUAAUUCUAGCGAUGCCAAUUCUGAGAUCAGUGAUUUAGAAAAUAACGGUCUUAAUGAUGACGGAGGAACAGCUUUAGAUUACACGGAAAAUACUUUGACUCUACAGCCGGUUGCCGAAUUUAUCAAAAAAGAGUUUUUACCGGAGUUUGACUUCGGGAAUCCGUUUAGGAAUCAAAAUUUAACAUUCAAAGAUGGAUUUCAGAACAGAUCACCUUUCCUUCUACCAACGCAACUUUACAAAAGUUUUCUGGCGAGUCUUGGUAAGAGAAGGCGUAAUGUUGCCGAUUGCUACUCCUUAUAUCCGAGGAAUAUGCUUUUCUCCAACAGUUUUGGUCUAGAAACGUCUGAUGAUGAAAAUGCUGAUAGGAUAACUAAUUCACCAGAAGAGAAGGCGGGGGCAUCGUCAGCGUUUGUUUGGAGUGGCGGGGGGGUAGCGGGAGGGGGGCAGGAGCAACCCGCAGCUCAGCCUGCUGCCGUGCCCACUGGCACAUCCGGCGGUGGGGGGGCGCAGGGUCUGGUGCACUGGAUGUCGGUGAUGGCUGAGCAUAUGGGUGGUGGACACCAUGACCCAUCACACUAUGCCCUGCCGCCCUGGAACAACGGUGGAGUCGAUCGACCAAACAAUAUUGUUACAAGCAGUCAUGGCAAUCUAGAUUUAACCACAGAUUAUUUUCCAUCGGAUUAUAUGCUAACUUUCUAA